AUGCGUCUUUCGCCAAAGUGGUACCAAUUCCUGGUUGGCGUGUUCGCCUCGCUGGGUUCUUUCCUGUAUGGAUAUGACUUGGGUGUUAUCGCCGAGGUUAUCAUCUGUCAAUCAUUUACAUCAAAGUUUACUCCUACCGAUACCCAGAGCGGUCUGGUAGUAUCACUGUUCACAGCCGGUGCUUUCUUCGGUGCCGGUGCCGCUGGUCCCAGUGGUGAUUACCUCGGCAGAAGGCGCACUAUUUCGCUGGGAUGCUUGGUCUUCUGUCUGGGAGGUGGCCUCCAAACCGGCGCCCAAACCAUCGCCUAUCUAUACAGUGGACGUUUCCUUGCUGGAUUCGGUGUCGGCUUCCUCACCAUGAUGAUUCCCCUGUACCAAGCCGAGAUCUGUCACCCUAGUAUCCGUGGCCGAGUAACAGCCCUGCAGCAGUUCAUGCUGGGUGUUGGUGCUCUAUGUGCUUCCUGGAUCUCCUAUGGAACAUACAUUGGAUUUUCGCCUGACAAUCACGCCCAAUGGCAAUUGCCUCUGGGUUUGCAGGUUGCUCCUGCUGUGUUCCUGGGUCUUUUGAUCAUGUUCUUCCCCGAGUCCCCUCGCUGGCUCAUUGACCACGGCAAGUCCGAAGAAGGUUUGAAGACCUUGGCCAAGCUCCACGCUCAUGGUGAUGAGAACGACGCCUGGGUUCAGGCAGAGUAUGCCCAAAUCCAGGAGAGUAUCAACUUCGAGCAUGAGAACGAGGCCAAGUCAUACAUGGAGCUCCUGACUCAGCGCUCCUCGUUCCGUCGGCUGUUCCUUUGCUGUGCCCUUCAAGCCUCUGUCCAGAUGACCGGUGUAUCUGCUAUCCAAUACUACUCUGUCACGAUCUACGAGCAAAUUGGAAUCUCAGGCUCCGACACCCUCCGCUACCAAGCCAUCAACUCAAUCAUCGCCUUGAUCGCCCAAUUCCUUUGCAUGAUGUUCAUCGACCGCUUCGGUCGUCGCUGGACAUUGAUCUCAGGAAACCUAGGCAACAUGGUAACAUUCAUUAUCGCAACAGUUCUCCUCGCCCAGUUCCCUCCGACAACAACAAACACCGGCGCCCACUGGGGCUUCAUCAUCAUGACCUGGCUCUACAACUUCUCCUUCUCAGCAACCUGUGGCCCCCUCUCAUGGAUCAUCCCAGCAGAAGUAUUCGACACGAAGACCCGUUCCAAGGGUGUUUCCAUCGCGACAAUGACCUCGUACGCAUUCAACACUAUGAUUGGACAGGUGACGCCCAUUGCCAUGACAAACAUCCAGUACCGGUUCUACUACAUCUUCGUUGUUUGCAACUUUACCAAUGCGCUCUUCUUCUACUUCCUCUUGCCUGAGACGAAGAAGGUGCCUCUUGAGGAGAUGAAUGCCAUGUUCUCUAAUGCGCCUUGGAUUGUGCCUUUCAGCAAGAGAGAGGAUUAUAUCAGCCAUGAUCUCGAGCGCAAGGUAGAGGAGCAGGAGACUAAGCAGAGUGCUAUGCAUUUCGAGGUUGAGGAGAAGUGA